AUGGAGGGCGCGGCCGCGCGGCCGCGCGAGGCGCCUGCCGCGCCGAGCUACGUCGCUGUCGCCGCAUCCCCAGAGGAUGGGGGCGUCGCCGCGCCGUGCCCACAAGGCCGCCCCGGCCGCUCGUGCCCCGGCCGGCCCGCCCCGUGGGCGGCGGCGGCGCUCGCCCUCGCCGCGGGCGCCUGCUGGGCCGGCGGGGCGGCCCGGCGCGGCCGGUCGGGCGGCGCGCUCCCCGCGCGGACCCGUGCCGCGGGCCCCUCGCUCACUGCGUCGCUGAAGGAGGAGGAGAAUCUGCCGGUGCCCGAGGGCGGCGAGAUGGAGGAGGGCGUCGAGUACAAGGUCGAGGGUGGGUGGUUCAUGCAGAUGGACCACAUACCCAAUGCGAACCUUUGCAUGGCGCUGUGCCAGGCGCAGCCGAAGUGCGACACCUUCACGUGGGUGAAGGACGCUCUGGACGACGGCUGCCCCAGCCAGUGCUGGCUGAAAGGCGGGGAGCCAAGCUACACCGAGGAGAAAAAGGGGGUGGUCUCAGGUAGACCCCCCCCCAGGAGGGCGCUGCCGAAGCUGCCCGUCGCCAAAGGCGGGCCCACCCUGUUCUGCUGGGCGCUGACGAUGCCGGAGGGCAACGAGCCAGACUUGCUGAGGUGGCAGGCCGAACGCAACGCAGGGCCCUUCGCUUGCGAGGAGGUCGCACUGUACAGCAAGGAGGAGGUGGACAUCGGGUGCUACAAAACACGCGUCAUCGAGAGCGACAUGAAGUGUAAGAACGGGGGUGACUCGGGUACUGCCCUCAACUCGUGGAUCUUCAUAGCAGCGUGGCUGGCUGUGGUUGAGGACGGCGACUACAAGAAAGCGGACUGGACGGUCAAGGCCGACCCCGACGCUGUGUUCUUCGCAGAUAGGUUGAAGGCCGUCGUGUCAAACUACGAGGGGACUGGGUACCUCAGCAACUGCAAGUUCGGCCUCCACGGCCCCAUCGAGGUGUUCAGCAGGGCCGCGAUAGAGGCCCUCCACGAGGACUACCAGAAGAGCUGGGACAAGAAGUCGCCAGGGAGCUGCGUAGAGGGGCUGCACUUCGAGGAGUGGGGCGAGGACAUGUUCAUCGACCAGUGCCUGAACAAGGUCCUCAAGGUCGGCGAGCCCCCUGUGGAGCCGAUGCUCAUGUGCGAGGACCACUGCGACUGCAAAGGCUGGUGGUGGUGCCCCGCCAGCGACUCUCAGCGGGUCAGCUUUCACCCCUUCAAGUCGCCUGAGGACUACAAGAACUGCCUGGCCAACGCGUUGGACGGCCCCUUGGCUUCUGAAGCCGACGAUGUAAAGCCCGACGGCGACAGCUGUGGACAGGGCGGCGGCGGGAACGACGAUGCAGAGGACGAGGACGAGGACGACGCCGCUGAGGAGGACAACGCGGAGGCCAGCAGCACCAGCGUGUCCCGGGAGGCUGGCGGCGACGGCGGGCCGCCGCCCGCCCCGACCGAGCGGCCCACAGCGCCUGCAGGUGCCGCCUCCAGCCCCUUGCCGCCCGCCAGUUUCGGCGGCGGCACUCCCGUCGAGGACGACGAGAGAGAACCAGACGCGGCGACCUGAGUUGGCCGCCGCCUGGACCGGCGGGCGCUUCUCUGAUGGGGGCGGGCGGGGGCCGAAUGCGCGGACCGCUCGCUCGUGUCCAAAAGGACAGAGUUUCUCGGCCUCCUCGA